AAUAAAUCCAACAUUCAAUGUAUUAUUAGCACCAAGAACAAACCCAACGUCCAAUAUAUUAGUGGGCACCAAGAAUGAAUCCAACGUCCAAUAUAUUAGUGGGCAACAAGAAUCCAACAUCCAAUGUAUUAGUGGCACCAAGAAUGAAUCCAACGUCCAAUAUAUUAAUGGGCACCAAGAAUGA